CAGCAACUUCGAAUCUAUUAUCAGUUAUUUCUUUUCCCAAGACAGCUUUUCCAGCAAUGGACUCAUCAGAACUCGAGCUUUACAAAACCCAGCUCAGCGAAGUCGAGCUUGCACUCUCCGCCGACCCCGGCAACACCGAACUCCAGGCGUUGAAAGCUGAUCUCCAGGAGCUCCUUUCCCUCAGCACAGCGACAUCGACACCCAAGCCGCAACCAGCCAAAUCCAAAUCGCUCGGGGGCUGGUCUAUUGGCAUGGAGUGCCUGGCGAAAUAUAGUGAUGGGCAGUUUUAUCCGGCGCGGAUUGUCGGAUACGGCGAUGUGGGCCUAAAGGUCACAUUUGUCGGGUAUGGCGAUACACAGGACACAGAUGUGGAUGAUCUGAAGAGUAUCAAUGAUGCAGAGAAGCCUGAGGCGAGCAAGGUCGAAAAAGUGGACAGAGUCGAAAAGGGGAAGAUCGAGAAGAAGCACGGAAAAAAGAAGCAGAAGAAGCCGGAUGUCAUGGCGCAGGGCCAGCAGGCGUGGCUGAAGUUUGCCACUGGAGGACACAGCAAAAAGCUGAAGGCCAAGGCGAUCAACAGCAAGUCGAUAUUCAAGAGCCCGACGACGAUUACCGGCAAGGUCGGUGUCAGCAACAGUGGCAAGGGGAUGACUAAAAAUCCCAGCAUGACUAAAUUGUAAAAAUCAAAGCGUUAUUUUAUUCCGAAAUGAAACUAGAAUCCAC